UGUACUUGUCCUAAAACAGGACAAAUGCUUAUGGAUUCAAGGAUUGUUCCUAACCGAGCUCUUAAGAAUCUGAUUGUUCAAUGGUGUACAGCGAGUGGUAUAUCUUAUGAGUCUGAGUUUACUGAUUCUCCUAAUGAGUGUUUUGUUUCUGCUCUUCCUACUAAAGCUGCUGUUGAAGCUAACAAAGCUACUGUAUCGAUUCUUAUUAAGUAUUUAGCAGAUGGUUCUGAAGCAGCUCAGACUGUUGCGGCUAGGGAGAUACGUCUUUUAGCUAAAACGGGGAAAGAGAACCGUGCGUUUAUCGCGGAAGCAGGUGCGAUACCGCACUUCUGCCGUCUUCUCAAGUCUGAAAACGCUAUUGUGCAGGAGAAUUCAGUGACUGCGAUGUUGAAUCUAUCGAUUUAUGAGAAGAACAAGAGUCGGAUUAUGGAGGAAGGUGAUUGUUUGGAGUCUAUAGUAAGUGGUCUCACAGUUGAAGCGCAAGAAAACGCAGCAGCUACAUUGUUCAGUCUCUCUGCUGUACAUGAGUAUAAGAAACGUAUAGCUAUCGUUGAUCAAUGCGUUGAGGCGUUAGUGUCGCUGCUUCAGAACGGGACACCAAGAGGGAAGAAAGAUGCGGUUACAGCGUUAUAUAACUUAUCGACACAUCCAGAUAACUGCAGUAGGAUGAUUGAAGGAGGAGGUGUGUCUAGUCUCGUUGGAGCUCUCAAGAACGAAGGGGUAGCUGAGGAAGCAGCAGGAGCUUUGGCUUUGUUAGUAAGACAAUCUCUUGGCGCUGAAGCUAUAGGGAAAGAGGACUCCGCUGUGAUGGGGCUCAUGGGAAUGAUGAGAUGCGUAACACCGAGAGGGAAAGAAAACGUGGUGGCUGCGUUGCUCGAACUUUGUAGGAGCGGUGGAGCUGCUGUAGCGGAGAAAGUGUUGAGAGCACCUGCCAUUGCGGGGUUACUUCAAACGCUUUUGUUUACCGGGACGAAACGUGCUAGACGUAAAGCUGCAUCGCUUGCUCGUGUUUUCCAGAGGCUGCAGGUCCUAAAGAUAUUGAAGUUUGGAGAUAUCUAUGAAGAUGAGGACAUGGACAGAAUGAUGGAGCAAGUACUUCCUUGA